ACUGCCCCUUUCCGCGACUUUGACCAACAUAACAGCCUUGGGACAGUGAAUCUCCUCCCCUUUCACCUCCCCCUUAAUUCCAGUGCCAGGGGAAAGGGUCUACGGAGACCUGGCACUCUCUCUCCGCUUCCUGACUAGCCCCUUCAGACCCCGCGCUUUCAUGGCUGCUUGGGGACGAACUGCUCCUGAUGAGAGGGGGAGGUUCUCUAUAAUCUCUCCCCCUUACAGCGUGGAUGGUGCCCACAGUGGCCUUUGGCCUCCUCCUCUGCCUGGCCUUUGGAAUUGGCCAGAGGCCGCCCGCCUGCAAAGGGGACUACGACUGCCCAACGGCCAACCAGGAAGUCUUCACCAAAGUAAGGGACGUAACGGAGAUCCCAAAGACCGCCAGCGCCAUCAUCAAUGAAAUGAUCUUUGUGGAAACCAGCCUAACACAGAUCAAGGACGGAGCCUUCCGGAACAUGCCCGGCCUGCAGAAAGUCCUGUUCAUCGGCAACAAGAUCAAAACCCUAGAGGUGGGGGCCUUUGAUAACUUGGAGAAACUAGAUGAGCUGGAAAUCACGGGGGCCGAGCUGGACGACCUCCCUGUGGGCAUCUUCCGGUCUCUUCCUCGCUUGAAGAAGCUGAAUCUGCGGGACUCUCAGAUCAAGGGCCUCCAGAAAGGACUAUUUGAGGAUCUUGGGGACCUGGAGGAGAUCUACCUGCAUUUGAACAAGAUCCCUUCUCUCCCUGAAGGCGUCUUUGAUGGGCUCUCUAACCUGACCUUUUUGCACCUGGCCAAGAACAAGAUCGCUGCCAUCCCAGAGGACGUCUUCAAGGAACUUUCUCGGCUGAAGGUCCUUCGGCUGUACGAGAAUGAGAUUGGAGACCUCCCAGAGGGGAGCUUGGACAGCCAGCAGGACCUGACAGAGCUCAACCUCUACAAGAACAAGAUCCGCACACUGCCUCCCAGGGUGCUGAGGAACAAGCCCAACCUGGAGAAGCUUUUCCUGGAGCACAACCUCUUGGAGACCCUCCCGGAUGAGGCCUUCUUUGGACUGAGGAAGCUGAAGCAGCUGACCCUGGCUACCAACCGGCUGAAAGGUCUCCCUGGUCGGCUGUUUGGGGAGAUGCCUUUGCUCACGCAGCUGGACCUGAGCAAGAACGCUUUGCAGGCUCUUCCAGUGGGGAUCUUUGCCAACCUCACGGGGCUCACAAAGCUCACCAUGUCCCAGAACCAGCUGGCAGGCCUCCCUCUCGGUGUUUUAGCAGGCCUCCACAAGCUCUCUGAGCUCAACGUGGAGGCAAACAAGCUCUCGUCUCUGGAGGGUCUCCUGCCACCUUCCCUCCCGGGGCUGAAGACCCUGAGGCUCCGCCAGAACCAGCUGGAGACCCUCCCUCUGGGCCUGUUGGACAGCUUCACAAAGCUCACCUCCGUGUAUCUCGGGGAGAAUCCGUGGAGGUGCGACUGCCUCCUUCUCUACCUCCACCGAUGGAUGAGCAGCAAUCCCAAAAAAGUGAAGGACGUCGCAAAGGUCACGUGCGGCAGCCCCAAGGAUCUGCUGGGCCAAGCGGUCAGCUCCCUGGCAGAAAGUCAGCUGGUUUGCCCAACAACCGUGCCCAUUUCAAGCACUGCUCUGCCCACAACCACUUUCCCUCCUCCUGUCACAACAAGGAUGAGCACAACACUCCCGCCACCUCCUACCACUGUUGCUGCAAGCACCACCGUUUCUGAGCCUGCCACCUCCACAAAUGCAGCCACCACCCUCAGAACCACAGAGGCUCUGACCUCAACUCCCGAAAUCACCACCCUUGAGAGUCUCAUGGAAACCUCACAGAUCAUGACCACCAGUGGGGCAUCCUCUGAAACCACCAGCACAGGGGCUCCAACUACAACUCCUCACAUCUCUGCCAUCACCACUCAAAGUCCCACCUCAGCCCAGACAAGCCCUGAAAUGGCCACCACCGCUGAGAUCUCAAGCACAACCUCUGUGUCCAUCACGGCCCUGGCCACAAGCCCCGAGGCAGCCAUGACCACCGCUCCCCUGCCACCCACAACUCCUCAGAUCACAACGACAACAAAGGUUCAGACCACGGCCCCUGAAAUGACCACAGCAGGCUUCACAACUGGGAUGUCACACACCACCCCUUCUGGUGCCACCACAACCCCUCAGAUCACAAUGACAACAAAGGUUCAGACCCCGGCCCCUGAAAUGACCAGUGCCAGGACUGCGGCUGCCACAGCAGGCUUCACAACUGGGAUGUCGCACAGCACCCCUUCUGGUGCCACCACAACCGCUCAGAUCUCCACACCCAUCGCCAGGACAACCACUGCAACUUCUGACGCCUCCACAAGCAGCCCUGGUACAUCGGCCACCACACCUGUGCUCCCUGGGACAACCAGCAAGGCAGUCGCCACCACACCUUCACCACUUGAGACCACCCCUACAGAGACAUUCUCUUCAGUGGCGGCUUCCACGAUGUGCCUUGACAACGCCAAUCUUCCAGGUGGAUGCAGGUCCGGGUCUUUGUCUCCAGAACCUACAGCCAGGCUGGACCCGACCACACUUCCUGAGAUGCCCCCGUCGCCCACCUCUGCUGCGACACAGGCUCACCUGCCCACCACUGCCUGGGGAAGCACCUCUCCAGCUGCUGCCAGCUGCAUCUUUUGCUCAUCAGCUGUCACGCCAGCCAGGCCUUCCCUUCCUCCGAGCCCAAGGACCAGCCCUCCAGCCAGCCACCCUCAGCCCCCGUCCCAGAAGAUCCAGGCCUGGGGCUCUAGGCUGAGUUCCAACUACCGCUACUGCAAGGUGUCUGCGAUGAUGUAUUUGUCCAUGCUGUGCCUUGAAAUCUGCUGCACCGUUGCCUUGGCCAGGUGUGUGUAUGCCCUGCACAGAGCCACGCGCUCCGUGGACUCGCCAACUGUGCCGGUCAAGCUGGUGAAGGUGAAGCCCAGAAGGGUGAAGCUUUGAUGGUGUUUGGCCACAGGAGAGACCUUCAUAGGAUGCUAGAAUCGCAGGGCUGUAAGGGAGUGCAAUGCAGGAAUCGCAGCUAAAGAAUCCCUGACAGGUGGUCGUCCAAGCUCUGUUUAGAAACCUCCAAUGAAUCCUAGAAUGGUGGAGUUGGAAGGGAUCCCGGCGGUCAUCUAGACCAACCCCCUGCAAUGCAGGAAUCGUGGCAAAUUAAAUGAGGGAGGUGAAUAGGGUUGCCAGACUCAAUAGAGGACAGGACUUCUGUGCCUUUAAUU